AUGUUCUCUGUUUUUUUGGGAUUAUGUAUGAGCACUUAUGUUCCAUACUCAGAAACAGCUUACAUGAUAUUCGAUUCCUAUACAGACAGACAGUUUGGUGCUGUUCUUAAACGCCACCAAUUAGUUGUUGCCUUAUUUAUCAACAUGUCCGCUGAUGGUGUUCAUGCUUACAUCGAUGAAUUCUCCAAAUUACCAACUAUUUUCUUAGAAGAUGUCAAAUUCUGUGCUCUUCAAUCAGAUAAAGCCAAGAGAUUAACUCGUCAAUACGCUACUUACUUACCACAAGUCUCUUUCUUUGUUAGCGGUGAACUUUCAUACUCCAUACCAUUCCCCUCAACUGAAGUUGAGCUUUUGGCCGCAGUUGACGUCUUCCUUCGCCCAACAUUACCAACAUUUAACGAUAAGCAGCAGGUCUACUCCGCAUUCGGUGAGACAGCAUACACUCUCAUUUCUCCACCAGCUCUCGUAUCCAAAGGCCGCGAUUACGUCGUUUCUGUUGCUGAUAACGUUGGAUCUUUCAAUGUCAUUGCUGCAACACCAGAAACACUCAAGUCCAUGGGCUACAGUGGCGAGAAGAUCUGCAUCUACCGCAAGAGUGACAAAGUUAUCAAAGAAGUUAAAGAUCAUAAGGAAUUUUUAGCUGCUACACGUCCAUCCUUCUAUCCUAAGUUCGAUAUGGAACUUCUUAAGAACAUCGAAGGCUUUGUUGGCCUUCUUUGCGUUGAAGAAUCUGCUACAAAAGAACAAAAAGAGAAAUUGGCCGAUCUCGGUACAAAAUACGACAAUUUAACCUUCGGAAUCAUCAACAAUGAAGAACUCGAUGACGUUCAUAUCAUGACAAAAGGAAAAACAAGACAAUUCCCAUGUUUCCUUCUUCUUUCAAUGGAAUACUACGUCUACUUCCCAGUUAAACCAUUCGAUGCUAACAUUGAACAACACGUAUCCGAUUGCGCCAACAAAAGGAUAGAUGUAAUUUAUCCUUCGGAAGAAGUCCCUACGAAGCAGGAUGAUCCAUACGCGAUCAAAGUAGUCGGAUCUAAUUACGAAGAGUUCGUUACUGAUAAGAAUUGCGACGUUGUUAUGUUCUACAUCGGAUCUGACAAAGAUGGAUUAAGAUCUGCCCAUAAAAUCGCCAAAUACGUGAAGAAGAAUAAUAUCCAGGACAUAAAGGUUGGAUAUAUCAUCACAACUCUCAAUUCUUGCAAGGAUCAUUUCCCAAGAUUAGUUUUCCAGCCACAGAUCAACAUUUUCCCGAAGAAUGAUAAGUCCCCAGAUUAUCUCCUUUACUCCGCACCAACAGUUUACGGAAUUCUUGAAGGAAUCAAGAAAUUCUCAAAUUCAAACAUAACUGUUAACGCUUCCACCUUCAGAUUCUCUCUAGAGCUCAAGUACAUGGUAGAUCUCCUCCAGGAUCUCGACGAAUUGUUGCCAGCUGAUAGAGCUUCUGCUGAAGAAUACAUUUUGCAGAGAGGACAAACUCUUGGAUUCGGAAACAACUUGGAUAUCGUUAUCAACGCUAUCUACAACGCUGCUGGUGGCCUCGUGGCCGGUUAUGACGAUUCAAGAUUUAUUUCUGAAUUCGAACACGAUUCUGACGAAUUUGUCGAACCAGAUGUUGAAGAAGAACUCGUCAGACAGACAUAUCCUGAAAGACAUCCACACAGAGGACAAAGAAGUUCUCAUCAUAGAAGACACUCAAGAUAUAACUAA